AUGUCAUUUGGCGACAUCCGGCUACGGCUGGUGAUUCGCAGACACACCGUGCCAGAUGUGAAGCUCGUCUGGCCGUGCGCGCCAACAGAUGACUUGACGAUUGCUAAGCUGCUCGCCCAGGUCAACGAGGUGGUGCCCCUCGAAGGCGGCGAAUGGGGUCUUGAGGACUAUACGGUCGAGUUGGGCGACGGCAGCAACGGUGCCAGCUUUGAGUGUCUACAUUUUCAGCUCGUGUCGCGGAUCCUCAAGGAUGAAGAUCAAGUUUUAAUUCGACCACUUCUAAGCGACGAUCUUAAGAGAAGGCGACGAAGCGGACGGCAUCAGAUCUCCAAUGGUGGAAAGCACCUGGUCGACGGCAUCGCCUUUGGCAGGCCUUGGCUACAUCUACCUGGUGACCGACCGGCCCUCGAGCUUCCGCCGCGCAAACGCGCGCGCAUCACCUACGACGACGACGACGACGAUGACGACUCGGACGCCGCGUCGGAAUUUCACGCCGACUGGGACUCCAACGACGAGCUGGAAGGCGAGGAUGCGGAGCUCGCAAGCGGCUCCUCGUUUGAAGACGAGGAGGGCGACGACGACCUGAUGCAGGAGCUGGAACUGCUAAAGCAAGACAGGCGCGAUAUUUCAGAAGCAUCGAGCGACAACGAGGAUGUGGGGUUCGGCCUACUGCCCAUGCUGGACUCGAUGGCCGCGCUGCGCAUGGCAUUUCCCAACCUUCCAUCGUUCAUCAUCCAGCAAGAGCUGCGUCGCCGGAACCAAGAUGUACGGGAUGCAUACAAGACGCUAGCACAGUCGUAUGGGCCGACGCUCAGCUUUGACGAGAUGAUGGACUCGGUCCUGACGGCGUCUCGGCCGUCAAAUACACCUCUCGCCGCGCGAUUCAAGUCGCUGGGGGAUCAGUCACCGGCGCAGCCACUGCCGGGUCGACGUCUAAUUGAGGUUGUGGAGAGUGAUGGGGAUGGUGCCGACGAGGACGAAAAUUUAAAUGAGAGCGGCAAGGUUGUUGGUCUUGGUAUCCGCGACGUUGAUAUGGGCUCGGAUAGCGGCAGCGACAGUGACGAUUCCAGUGACUCCGAUUCCGACUCGGACUCGUCAGGUGGCGUUUCAUACACACAAGCUACCGCUGACGCCGAAGAGGGCAGCGAUGACGAAUCGAAUGAUUCCUUGUCAGACUCUGAUUCUGAUUCAAGCUCUGAUUCAGACUCGGGUGACGAAAUCGCAUUUGCAAAGUCCCGCAAUGCUGCUGAAGCCAUUAGCAGAAGCGAGUCCGAAUCCGAAUCGUCUGAUAGCGAUUCAAGCUCGUCGGAUGAGUCUGACGCUGGCCCGACAGAAAUUUCCACGUCACGGAUACAGACUCUAUCCAAAGCUGUGACCCCACCUACGCCAUCGGUGGUUGUGCCCGCAGUUGAACCUGGAUGCGGCCUUAGCAGGACACAAAAGCGCAACGCUAGAAGGAAGCGCAGCAAGCAAAUGCACAAUUCCGUCAACGGGUCAGCAACAUUGGAUGAGUCGACGCCCGACGAGAUCAUGGCUGCUCUCGAGGCACGAAAAGCAGCCCUCCUCAGCUCACUCGGCAGUGAGACUUUGCAGCCCGAAAUCCCGGAUUCUAUGACACUGGAACCUUUGGCCAGCGAAGCGUCUGACAAAGCGCCGAUACCCGCGACAAACGGUGUUGAUACACAACCGAAUGGCGAGUCCGCCAACCCCUCGCCAAGACGGCUCAACCUGAACGCCGGAGCCAGUCGGAGACUGCUGUUUGGUGCGCUUGGAUUGAAAGCACCUAAAAACAAAGCAGACGAGGAGAAGCUGAAAAAGGAUUUGAUGAAGGGCGUCAAGCCUUUGGCCAACAAACGAUUGGUAGAAGAAGUGGAAGAGCCUGCGGAGCCAGAUACCACCAUGGAGGACGACAGUUGGCGAGAGAAGAUUAGCUAUCGAGCAGUCGAAUGCUGUCACGAUGGUAUUGUUCUCAGUGAGCCGCCGUUUCCAUUUGUGCAGCGUUGGGAUCCGCAGCAGCAGUACAGCUCGAUGCGCAAGCGCAAACGCCAAUCACAGUCGCAUUACGAAGACUACGAAGACGACUCGCUAGUAUAUGACGACCCGCCAGCGAAGACAACCUCGAACAAGAAGAAGAAGAAGGCACAAAAGAGCAAGUCAGAUGGCGAAAACGAGUCAGAACUGCCAAAUGACCAUACCGACGAUGCCAGAGUUGAAGAAGACUUGCCCCCGCUGCCUUCUGAUCUCACGUCAUUAGUGCCACUGACCCAGGACGCUGUGAUUCCUGGCCAGCUGGUGACGUGGAAGCAACUGUCCAUGUCGAAAGCGACGAGCUGGCAACCCCAAAUGGCUUCGUUUACGGGCGUUAUACUCGAAGACUCCGACGCAAAUAGUAUCAAAGUGGUCCUGGCUAGGCGUGACCGCGAAACAAACGAGCACGUAUACGACGAACAUACAGGCCAAAGGGUCUACGAAAAGUUUGAAGCACCGUCACUCGAUGACGAGGAGGAGGAUGCCGGAGCAGACGACGGACACCGAACUGUUAGUUGCAGAGGACCUCUCUCCGGGAAGCCGAGUCUAGACAACGAGGCCGAGACGACGGCGGAAACGCAGGAAGCAGCCCAGCCAAAGGCAAAGAAGAAGAAGACGAAGACGGCGGCUGCCAAAGACUCUGGCAAUGCGACUACGGUCGUGCCGUCCUCGCUGGCUGACGAUGCGCAGGAUGGUGAUGAGGGCGGCAACGUGGAUAUGGAGAUGGGCGACUCGCUGGCAGAGGUCGAUGAGGCGUUGAUACCGGAGACGCUGAUUGACGCCGCAGCGGCGCCUGCGCUUGUUCCUGGGCUAUUAAACAGCAGCCCGUUUGAGUCGCUCGACGAGCUCUUUGUCACGGCAUCAUCGUCGCGGCCGUCAAUGGAUGCAACAGCAAGCUCGCUCCCCAUUAUACCCAGCGCUGCACACGCCGACGACGCGGAGUACAAGGAGGCCAUGCGCCGGCUCGAUAACGGCGAGUCGGACGGCGAGGAGCAGAAUCUGUUUCCCAACGCGACGCAGCCUGUCAAGACAAGAGCAGGAGAAGAAGCAGUGCCGGAAGCACGCAGCAGCCCGCGCAGACAGAUCAAGGGGAAGAAGAAGAGCGCGUUUGUGGUGCCAGAGGGCAGCCAGGUGAUUACACUGAGCUCUAGUCCGGUGCAGCGACGGUCACCACCGGCGGCGGCCCGUAGGGCGGCGAGGCGGCGCAGCGUGAGCGCGCAGCUGCACUCGGAGGACGAGGGAAGUCAGAAGCAGCGGGCGAAGCUUAGGAGCCGGUCCGGAAGCUGA